AAAUCUGGCUAGCGGCUAAACAGGUUGACAUGCCCUAGUUGGCGUUUCUCUCAAAACGAAAACACGUGUGUUUUUAAGUGAAGUAAAGAAUGGCCGUGGAAGAGACCAAGAAAAAGAAAAAGAUGUCAAGCUCAGAGCUUGGUGAGCUUCAGCGUUCAGAGACAUUUUUAAUUGGUCCAUCAGCAAAAGCAGAAAAACUCAAAACUUCACACUGGCCUCUGUUAUUAAAGAACUUUGACAGACUCAAUCAGAGAAGUAACCACUACACACCAGUUCCUGCUGGAUCUUCACCACUUCAAAGAAGCACAGAAGAAUAUGUCAGAACUGGCUUCAUUAAUUUGGAUAAACCGUCCAAUCCUUCAUCCCACGAAGUGGUGGCCUGGAUUAAAAGGAUUCUCAGAGUGGAAAAGACAGGUCACAGUGGUACUUUAGAUCCAAAAGUCACUGGCUGUUUAAUAGUGUGUAUUGAGCGAGCUACCCGCUUGGUAAAAUCACAGCAAGGAGCUGGCAAAGAGUAUGUUUGUAUUUUUGAGUUGCACAAUUCAGUGGAAGAUGAAAAGAAAGUCAGAUUGUGCCUAGAAAGUAUAAAGGGUGCCAUGUUCCAAAGGCCACCUUUAAUAUCUGCUGUCAAGCGACAGCUGCGUAUUCGAACAGUUUAUGAUGUGAAGAUGCUGGAGUAUGACAGCACCAAAAACCUAGGUAUUUUCUGGGUGAGCUGUGAGGCAGGCACUUACAUUCGGACCAUGUGUGUACAUUUGGGGCUCUUCCUUGGGGUUGGGGGCCACAUGAAGGAACUAAGGAGAGUGCGUUCUGGCAUACAAAGUGAAAAGGAUGGAAUGGUAACAAUGCAUGAUGUUUUGGAUGCCCAGUGGAUGUAUGAUAACCAUAAAGAUGAUUCUUAUUUGCGACAUGCCAUCAGGCCUUUGGAGGCAUUGCUAGUUGGUCACAAACGAAUUAUAAUUAAAGACUCUGCGGUUAAUGCUAUAUGUCACGGAGCUCAGGUGUUAAUUCCUGGUGUGUUGAGAUAUGAAGACGGUAUUGAAGUCGGCCAGGAGAUUGUUAUUGUUUCCACAAAAGGAGAAGCCAUUGCACUUGCCAUAGCUCAAAUGACAACAGCCGUAAUGUCUUCCUGUGAUCACGGUAUCUGUGCCAAACUAAAACGAGUCAUAAUGGAGAGAGAUACUUACCCUAGGAAAUGGGGAUUAGGACCAAAGGCUAGCAAUAAGAAACUGUUGAUACAAAAAGGACUCCUGGAUAAAUAUGGCAAGCCCAAUGAGAACACACCUAAAAACUGGAACCCUGCCAUUGAGGACUUUAAUGCUGGCACUGUUAAGACAGAGACAGUGGAGAAGAAAGAGAAAGUAGAAACAAGUUCCCCUGACAAAGUGAGUCGGAAACGCCAGCGGGAAGAUGAAUCGGCCAGUGAAACAGAGAAAUCGAUGAAUGAGAGUAUGACGCCAGCAGGAGAUGCAUCAGAGGAAAAGAAAAAGAAGAAGAAAAAGAAAGACAAAAAGAAAGAGUUAGUGGGAGAAGAAACAGUGGAGGAAGCAGAGGUUUCUGAAAAGAAGAAGAAGAAGAAAAAGAAACAUAAAAAAGACGAGGAGUCAGAAUAACAAAGUCACAAUAUCAGCCAUGGAAUGUAUGAAAUGUUGUUGAGAGAUUUUAAUGGAAUUGUUUUGAAAAACAAAUGUUUCAUUUUACCUUUUAUCAUUUUUAAAACUGUUUCUGUCAUGGUCUGUUAUACAACAUGUUGCUGUAAUGGUGGAGACAUUAAAAUUUUGUUUUUCAUUAACA